AGCGGCCUUAUUUUCUGCGCUUUACUUGUUGUACGAGGAGCUCGUGAAGAUGCUGCUCGCAUUACCAGUUCUUUGGCUGGUUUUAGUGCUGGGCAUUUCCGGUGGUACCGGAUGUCCAAGGGAGCCGAGCGUUUACCAUUCGAGGUACGCGAAGACGCGCGGCGACAAUGGCUUCAAGAUCAAGAUCAACGAGAACCCGGAAAAGUACAAUCCGGGUCAGGUCUACACGAUGUAUCUGAUGGGAUCGAGAACGUUCGAUAAAAUUCAACAUUUCAAGAGGUUCACAAUCAACGUGGAAUCGGCGGAUGAGCCAGGAAAUCUUUCGCCGCAAAAAGUCGGAAGUUUCCAGCUCUUCGGCGAUGCUCUAUCUAAAUUCAACGAGGAUUGCGUGAACACGCUCUCCGAGACCAAUGAUCUACCUAAAACGGAAGUGUUCUUCAUGUGGACCGCACCACCACCAGGCUCAGGUUGCGUCACCUUCAGAGCUAUGGUGCUGGAGGACUCUGAACAUUGGUACGCCGAUGAUGGUAUGCUCAGCCACACGUUCUGCGAGUUAACAGAAAAAGACAUCAAGUACAACGAGAACGACUGCUGCGCCUGCGACGAAGCGAAAUACAAGAUGGUUUUCGAAGGAAUUUGGUCCAAUAUAACCCAUCCAAAAGACUUUCCGUUCUCUCUUUGGUUGACGCACUUUUCCGAUGUCAUUGGUGCUUCGCACGAACGCAAUUUCACCUUCUGGGGUCCGGGACAGUACGCGUCCGAAGGUUUCCGCAGUUUGGCAGAAUGGGGAUCCGUCCGGCUGAUGGAAACUGAGCUCAGGGCUAAAAGCAAAUAUUUAAGGACCAUCAUCAAAGCUGCAGGUCUCUGGUACCCGAACGUCAACACCAACACUUCGACCACCUUCAGAGUGGAUAGAAGACAUCAUUUGGUUUCUUUAGCAUCGAUGUUCGGACCAUCUCCGGAUUGGGUGGUCGGUGUUAACGGAUUGAAUCUCUGCUUGAAAAAUUGCACGUGGAUCGAAAAUUUGGUUGUUGAUUUGUACCCGUAUGAUGCUGGAACCGACAGCGGCAUCACAUAUAUGUCAGCAAAUGCUGAAACUAAGCCAAGGGAGAAGAUGUUCAGAAUCACCACUAGAUAUCCUGAGGAUCCGAGAGCUCCGUUCUACGAUAUCCACAAGGAUGAGAUGCACCCUAUGGCCAGAUUCUACUUUGAAAGAGAGAAGGUUGUCCCAAAAUCGUGCGACGAGAAUUUCCUGAACGCUCAACUCGACGUCAGCGAGAACACCGAGGAUACCAGUAGAGCGGAAUGCGCGGUAACAGAUUACAGUCACUGGAGCGAAUGUUCAGUGACCUGCGGUAAAGGACUGAGGAUGAGGACCAGAGAGUACAGGAUGCCUCAAAAGGCCACCAUGUUCCAAUGCAACCGACAAUUGGUUUCCAAAGAGAUGUGCGUUGCUGAUAUUCCGGAGUGCGAAGGUGGUGGUGCUGGUAACGAUUCAUCCGAGGAGCAGAUCGAGUUCAACGACACCCUCUGCGGCACCACCGAAUGGUCUAAAUGGUCUGAAUGCUCGGAGACCUGCGGCAUCGGUUUCAGAAGCAGAACCAGGCAAUUCAAUAAUAUAAUGGGAAGGAAGAAGUGUCCCACCGUCGAUACGAUGGAACGCGAAAAGUGCAUGGGGCCGCCGUGCGCCGCCGACCAAGUGGAAACUCCAGAUCCGAUGUGCCCGGUGACCAAUUGGAGCGAUUGGAGUCCGUGCAGCGCAUCCUGUGGUAAGGGCGUCAAGUUCAGGACACGUCUUCUACUCGUGGAGCCCGCUCUGCAGCAGAAGUGCAGCAUGCGUGUGGAGUUGAUGCAGCAGCGACCAUGCAUGGACACCCCGGACUGCACCUUCGACAUGCAGACGGCUAAACAGGUCUGCAUGGAGGAGAGCGUCCAAGGUCCUUGUACCGGACACUUCAACAGAUGGUAUUUCGAACCCAGGAAAAUGAUGUGCAUUCCAUUCGUAUACGGCGGUUGCCGUGGAAACAGGAAUAACUUCUUGACGGCCGAUGAAUGCAACAACGCCUGCAGCGUUGUCAGAGAUGCGUUGACAGGAUCACCGCAACCGACGCAGCAGCAGCAGUCCGUCCCGUCACAAACAACGCACUUCACCAAUCCGGCAGUCUACUCGUCUUCGGUUACGCCCAUCGACUGCAUGGUAACCGAAUGGUCGACUUGGUCUCCAUGCAACGCAUCGUGCGGGCUCGCCUACUCCGAGCGUUUCCGAAUGGUGAAGAGACAACCCGAGAACGGCGGAAAAGCGUGUCCGAAGAGGUUGAACGCUCGAAAACGUUGCCUCCAUUUGCCGGUCUGUCAAUAAAAUGCAAUGAAACAAAACACGGCCAAAUCUUAUCGAAAUAAAAACCUUUAUUAAUAAUAUAUUUACAAGUGUUCAUUUUUA